GACACUUUACCUUUUUUCACUGGGAGAGACAGUAUCACGUUGGAAUAUCGUAUGAAUCUGUUUAAUUUCAACGUUUCCAAUUUUCAGUCGAACAUCCUCUUUUGCUGCUUAAGCAAAUGCCGGCGUAUCGAACAAACAUUAACGGCGUUACGAAGGUCGAUAGAAGCAUCGAAUAGCAAAGAAGUAGAAUCAUCAUUUAGCAUGAAAGAGUUGCGCUGCCUUUCACCGUUUUUGCUAUCCCGCUUUAUGAAUAUGUAUGUCGAUGGAUGCACUACAAAAUUUGUAACAGAAACGAAGGAUCCAACCUAGUUGAACAGGAAUAGACCUAUAUUCUAAAUGUCGUAUGGAAAUGAUUUGUUAUUUCGCACUUCCCGAGAAUUGAAAGGUACAAAAGUUUAAUGCAUAUAAGAACCAAAAAUGUAUAAUAUAGCCAAUGUAAAGUACUUUCUAUAAUACUUAGCGGAUGAAACGAAUUUUUAUUUAGCUCGCAGUUCCUUCGUUAUGCCCAUAAGGAUAUCAAAAUGCAUAAACACAUGUACUCUAGUCUAUUCUGUUGAUAUCUCGAGUAGGUUAAAUCUCUCAGAUGUUUAGUUGGAAACAGCGGUUUAUGCAUGCAGUGAACGCGAUAAAUGCAUCUGGAAAAGCUAAGUUUCGCUUUUCGUGAGAUCCACUAUUGGUGGGAGUUUAGGUGAAGAUGUGGGGAUCAAGCAGUACGAAGUCUCUGACCCACUGACAUUCUCUUUAGUUACUUGGUAGAAACAAACGCUGAUAAUUCGUGACUCAGACUUUCGAUGUUCGUGAUCAGGAUUAUUAACAAAAUAGUAUCUGAAGAAGAAAGAUAGCCGUCAUCUUGAAGGAUCACAAUCAGUCGAGUCUCGUUUUGAGAUGCGGCGAAAUCGUGGCUUGCUAACUAGUGUUGCUGUUUGCUUGACAGUUUUCUUCAUUGUUUUAAAUUCGAAAUCGAUAGUGGAAACUGUAAACGAUACAGGAAGUAGCAUAGAAAAGCCUUACGCUGGAGAACAGGAAGUCCAUAAAGGUCAGACGUAUCGAUACGUUACACCUUCUCUUGCUGAAUUGGGUGCUCGUGGAAGUUUGCCUAAAAUGAACCAGCAUGUUUUAAUGCUGACGCGUGUACCCGAUGCUGGAGCUGAAUUGUUAGUCUUGAUCCUACAACGUCUGCAGGGUUACAAUGCGUUUAAACAUAUACGAUUACCACCUGGUGAUCAUGGGCUUCUAUCAACUCUGCAAGAGGAACUGUUAGUAGAAGAAAUUACUAAUAUCAUUAGACAGGAAGCGAUUCCUUUGAGUUUCGACGGAGAUGUUAGAUUUCUGAACUUCUCCAAAUUCGGAAGAGAGUCUCCGACGUUUAUUUCCCUAGUGAGAAAUCCUAUGUGUGCGCAUAAUUUGCGGAGAUAUCGUGAAAGGCGAAGUGACAUGCUUCAUAGAGCCAUACCUACGUUCUGCGGUCAAGAUCCUCGAUGCGCAAAGAUAAAUAACAAAUGGGCGUUAGAACGAGCAAAGGCAAAUAUCGUUGAAUGGUACCCUGUUGUCGGUAUAUUAAAUUACAUGGAACAAUCCAUAGAUGUACUGGAGUACAAAUUUCCAUAUUUCUUUCGAGGUGCUAAACGUAGUUAUAGAAAGAUUCAGCCGAGAAAAAGACACUUUUCUGAUCCAACACUUACGCUAAGAGCACGAGAAAGAGAUAUUUUAUUUAAGCUUCUUGAGGAUGAGAUAGAAUUUUAUCAAUGGUUAAAAUAUCGACUUUUGAACGAAACAUUGAUCGACAUUGAUUAAAGCCAUGAAAUUUACACGAUGAUAAGUGUUUAGUUUCAAAAUAUACCAAAGAUAUUAAAUAUUCCAAUAAUAAUGAUUUUAUAGAGAAAUAAAUUUGAUUAAAAAUUUUUUUAGGAAGAAAGGUAUGAUCACGGAUUUUUCCCUUUUGUAUUUUUACUAUGGUAUAAUGUAUUGUUAUUUUAAUAUGGUAUAGAUGUAUCGUACUGUUCUAAAUUGUGCAGAGCGCAACAAAAUAUUUGAUUUUUUUCAGGAUUUUAGUUCCUGUAAAAUUAGAAUACUGCACAGGAACGAUAUGCAUCUCAUUUGCUUAGAAUCGACUCCUCUUGCUUAGUGAGAAUUCCUAGAAAAUAUAGGAUAUACAGAAGAAACUACUUUUCAAUCUUCAUAGUUUAUAAUUUAUUAAUUUUUACAUUUUUAUUAUAAAUUUAUUGUAACGGUAGCAAUAAUUUAUACGUUUUCCAUGUCAGCGUUACACUUAUGUUUCUAUAAUAGCUGUUUUCAACGUGUAAACUACGUUAAAGUAUCCUCGUUGCCUUUCGAUGCAUUGGUAGAAAUUUUCUCUCUGAUAAUACUCAUAGGGUAGACAACAAUCGAAACUUUUAUUGAGCAGUGAUCAUCGAUUGGGAAUAAUCACAGCACGUACAAAAAUUGUGUCAUGUGAAGUUCCAAAUACGUAAUUUUUGUUAUUGUAAUAUACAAUAAUCUAUAAUAAUUUGUUUAAACUUGA